AUGCGCGUCUGCUGGAAGGUCUUGUGCUGCUUCGGCCUAGUCUUCUGGUCUUCCAUGUGCUGCAUCGAGAACAUCUUCGGCAGCAUCUUGCGUAAAAACGAAUUUUCCAGUAGACUUGAAGAUUUGGAAGAAUCAAGCAAACCAAGUUAUAAGGCAAUUUACGAUUCGAAAUUCGAGGUGCAGCAAAUCCUGCUAUGGAGUUUCUUCUCGUUCACUUUGGCCAUCUGCGUCUGCUACUUGAUGAACCUGAUCAAGCACGCUCUAAGCAAGCGAGUUCCUAGUGCGGAUUACGAAAUAAUCCAACCGGCAAUUCAACACAGCACGGUCUUAAAUGUGACUUCUUCAGCAAGUAAAAGCAAGAUUCCGGUGCUCGUAACGCUUCUGGAGUCGAAGAAGUCGAAGCCGGUGGAAGACAUAGAGGAAGUCGUUGAAUUCGUGAAGCCCACCAUCCUCGACGCGGUGAAGGAUUUCCCAGUCACAAUGAAUCUAUCCAAAGCUGAGACUGAACUGAAGGAAAGCUUAUCGAAUCACGCUCAGCAGAGAUGCUCGAAGAUGAAGGAUGAGAUGGUCGAGUUGCAGGUGAAUUCGUGGCGCGAGCAUUCGGCACUCGUGAGGAAGGUGGAGCAUUUAUCCAAGGAGAAGAGGGAGCUGAUGAAGCAACUCUCCGUGGCUAAUAAGGAAAACAAGUACACGAAGCAGCAGCUUGAUGACAUCCUCAACGAUAGGGCUUUGCUGAUCAAGCGUUUGGAGAGCGCUACCAAAGAGAUUAAGAUGAACACGGCCACAAAGCAGAUGACUUUGGAGAAACUGGAGGAAGCGUUCAUGUUCUCCAAUCAGAUGAAGGACAAGAUGUCGGUGAUCAGCAGGGAGAAGGAUCAUCUGGAGAAUAAGCUUAAGAAGUUGGAAAGUCAGUACAAGAUUAUGGUGGAGAAGCAAGGCGGUGAUUCGAACUGCCGUCUCACCGAUGUCACCGACGACGUUCUCGAAGAUUUCGAAAAGGAAUCAGUCAAAGAGGUUGAUAUCAGUCAAUCUGAGAGGGACAUUCAAAAGGUGCAGACGAAGCUGCUGGAUCUGGAGAGGAGUUUGGAGAAGAUGCGUUUGCUGUCUUCAGGCGUUGUUAAAAUAGAAGCGAAGGACGAAGAAAUCCAUAUUGAACGUGUUGAAUCCUUGGAGAGUAAUUUGGAAGCUGUUGCGAGGACGAGCGAAGUUAGCACAAAAGCCGAUGAGGAUAAUCAAAUGUAUAAUACGUGUAUGGCUGUAAUAGAAUAUAAAGAAUCCGUGACAGAUUCUUGCGUCUCUUCGAACAACGAUGGAAAUUCCUCAGUAAGCCUUGCAAGUGAUCAUUCGUUAACAGACUCCAAUAAAUUGGGAAUGGUCAGCCAGUCGCCGGCUUUUCAAAAUUUCCUGCUUCGUAUCUUGGAUCACAAUAAAAUUUAA